AUGGAAGAAGAAGCAGUACUAGCUACAGAAAAGCUCAUGCAUUCAGCGCGCUUAAUUCAAUCCGGAGGAUGUGGGGCGUAUGCAACAUCGGUCACCGCGACUGGAAACGGCGGCUCCGGCGGCCUCGAGAUAAAGCCGUCGCGAAGUCCGGGUAGCGGGAGUGCUCCUAGUGGACCGCGGCAUACGAUAGACGCUAUUCUAGGACUUUCAGGAAGGACAGCCAACUCUCUAAAUAACGAUCGUAGUGAUUCCGGCGGUGAGGGUAGUUGCAAUUCUAACGAUGGUGCCGACAUGCGCUACUCCACAUUGCGGCAUUGCGAGCUCACCCAAAACGGCACCUCUCUCCAAACCUCCGCUCAUCAGGUCCUGCACCAAGAUAUGCACCAGAGCAUACACCAGUCUCCUGGUGUAUCACAACAAAGCUUGGGCAGCGGGUCCGAAGACGAAGGCGGAAAUGGUCAAGCCAUGGACGGAUCAGCGAGUGGUGACAACGAUGGAUCCUGUGGAGGAAAAAAGAAGCAUAGGAGGAAUAGAACGACUUUUACUACGUAUCAGUUGCAUGAACUUGAACGAGCUUUUGAGAAGUCACAUUAUCCGGACGUUUAUUCGAGAGAGGAACUGGCGAUGAAAGUAAAUUUGCCAGAAGUCAGAGUACAGGUUUGGUUUCAAAAUCGACGUGCAAAAUGGCGAAGACAAGAAAAAAUGGAAGCUGCACGUCUCGGCCUGAGUGAAUACCACGCGGUCAGUUCGCUCUCGAGGAUAACAGGUUCCAGCUUAGCAUUGCCCAUGGACCCGUGGCUUUCGCCACCACUGCUGAGCGCCCUUCCUGGUUUUCUGAGCCAUCCCCAAACAGGUUACCCAAGCUACCUGACACCACCAGUCGUCGGAGACGCACCACCGUCUCUAACGAACCCUUCCCAGAGACACUGCCCGCCGCAAUUGCCGCUCGGUGGUGCCGGCGCUGGUGACCAGCACUCGGCAGUGGCGUCGGCAAGUCCGUCGCCCAACGGGCACCUUCCACCAGGCGGCAACAGCGAUCGAGACCCGAGAUCGACGAGUAUUGCUGCCCUCAGACUUAAGGCCAAAGAACACGUCGAGAGCCUGUCCAAGGGAUUGCAGAUGGUAUAAGAUGAUUGUGUUAAUGAAUUUAUAAUCAAAGACACUAUGUGGAUUUACUUAAUGAUCUGGGAAUCAGAUACGUGCAAGAAAAUUGUUAAUGAA